CACACACACAGACACUCAUCACUCAAAAAUAAGUUCAAUUUGUUCCCUAAUAAAAAUCAAUAGAACAGCAAAGGAAACCAUGUCUAACCCUCGCAUGUCUAGUACUUCAAAACCGAGCAAGGAAAAGGAAAAAGAAGAGAAGAUGCGACUGGCCAACCUGGACAACAUCAUUAUGCAGUUGAAAACCCAGAGCUUUGCCAACCGCCGUAUGGCCAACAUGCAAGAGACAACCAUCCUGUACGUCUGCAGUUCGGCCCGGGAGCUGUUCCUCUCCCAGCCGAUGCUCCUGGAGCUGAGUCCGCCGGUGAAGGUAUGCGGCGAUCUGCAUGGUCAGUUCAGGGAUCUGCUGAGGAUCUUCCAGCAGUGCGGCAAUCCGCCCUUGUCUAAUUACCUGUUCCUGGGUGACUACGUGGACAGGGGACAGAACUCGCUGGAAACCCUGACCCUGCUGCUGUGCUACAAGCUCCGCUUUCCCGAGAACUUCUUCAUGCUGCGCGGCAAUCACGAGUCGUCGGAUGUGAACAAGGUCUACGGGUUCUACGACGAGUGCAAGCGGCGGUACAGCGUGAAGCUGUGGAAGGCCUUCGUGGACUGCUACGACUGCAUGCCCGUGUCUGCCAUUGUGGGGGAUCGUAUCUUCUGCGUCCAUGGGGGUCUGAGUCCGGAUCUGAACUGUCUGGACAAUAUCAGGCAACUGUCGCGACCCACUGAAGUGCCCAGCGAGGGUCUGUUGUGCGAUCUCCUGUGGGCGGAUCCCGAGGACGGCAUAGACUCGUGGGCGCCCAACGAAAGGGGCGUUAGCUACAUCUUUGGGGCCUCUGUCGUGGAUGGCUUCCUGCAGCAGCACAACUUUAAUCUGAUUGUGCGCGGCCACCAGGUCGUCGAGGAUGGCUACGAAUUCUUCGCCGACCGCCAUCUGGUCACCAUCUUCUCGGCCCCAAACUACUGCAACAUGUUCGACAACUGUGGUGCCGUUCUGGUGGUGGAUAACAAUCUGGUCUGCCACUUUGUCGUCAUCCGGCCGAGGAUAGUAGCAUCGCGGGUGGGGCCCUACGAAUCGGACAGUGGCGCUGCGCCAGUACCACCAUCCCAUACUUCAUCUAUGCCGCCGCCUUCGGUCAGGGAAAAGAAAAUGUAA